UACCCUUGUCCUGGAUCACUCAUUUUUUAAUCUUCAAUUAUGAAUUUGUCGAGUCAUACCGGUUGGUUAUAUGUAUCACCCAAGAGAUAUUCCGGUCAUUCCACUCUUGUCCUUCCCCCUCUCGGUGCGUACCCCAAGAUUUGCGAUCGCUCAUGGAUGCACCACACUAUAGCCUACCGGGGCCAUUAGCACACAUACACCUAAUCACACACACUAUAAGUUGCGUUCCAAUAAAGAAAACACCAUUCUGUUAUUUAGAACACCAGUUGUGACGGUUUAUUGUACGUAAAUAUUAAUCUUCAAGAUUUGAUAUCGAAGUAAUUGUCGAGUCAUUCAGUGUUUGAUCUCAAUGAAAAUACACGGCCCCGUCCUAUAUACUCUCAGAUGCUUCUGCAUCUUCCUCGCGAAUAGAUAGUGAAGUGCGCUUCAACUUAAAACAUUCAUAUAUUCAGAAGUUGUAAACACCAACUUUCUGCGUCGUCACCUGAUAAAAUUACGAGACCAUAAAAAUCAACGCCCACAAAGGUUCCGUCGAGACGUAAAAUGUCGUUUGGAAGCGUCGAAGUGCUGUUAUGUCUGUCAUUAUUGGUAGUGGUAAUUUACUACUACUACCUGACGGUAAUUUUUAAUUUCUGGAAAUCGCGAGGAAUUCCUGGGCCGAAGCCAGUGCCAAUUUUUGGAACGAUGAAGGACGUUUUCCUAUCGAAGCUUUCUAUGGGAUCGUACCUCAGACGAAUUCACCAGCAGUACGGAGAUGAACCCAUGGUGGGGAUCUACACUGGCACGAAACCGGUGCUAAUGCUGAAUGACUUGGACCUGAUAAAGCAAAUUCUGAUCAAGGACUUCAAGAGCUUUUCGGACCGCGGUAUGGAGUUUCAUCAGAAGCACGAACCACUGAGUUUACACCUGUUCGCUCUUGAAUCUAAAAGAUGGCGACAAUUAAGACCCAAGUUAUCGCCGGCUUAUACAAGUGGAAAAUUGCGGGAAAUGUUCUAUCUUCUUCGAGAAUGUGCAAACGGAUUAAAUAGCUAUUUGGAAAAGUUUGAUGGUGCGGUCAUUGAUAUUCGCGAUGUUGCGGCGAAAUAUACGACUGAUGUGAUCGGCGUUUGUGCCUUUGGUCUGCAAAUGAAUGCCCUCGAAGAUGAUGACAGUCCCUUCCGACAGAUGGGCAAGAGAAUCUUCAGCACUAAUUUCAAAAGCUUUCUGCGAUUUCGGCUGAAAGACUUGUCAAUGCCGUUGUUUGAUGUCAUCGGUGGUUGGCUCGUCGACGAUGAGCUUGCAGAUUUCUUCAUCAAACUGACUCGCGAGACAAUCAACUACAGACGAGAGAACAACAUUGUGAGACAUGAUUUUUUGGAUCAGUUGAUGGACCUAAAAGAAGAGUCGGACAAACUCGAUGAUUUCGAGCUGACUGAUUCCCUGAUGGCUGCUCAGCUCUUUGUUUUCUUCAUUGCUGGAUUCGAGACGUCCGCUGCCACCAUCAGCAACUGUCUUCUAGAGCUCGCGAUGAACCACCAAGUGAGGGACAGACUACGGCGGGAGAUACACGAACAGCUGAAAGAGACUAACGGAGAAAUCACGUACGAGGGCAUUCGGAAGAUGGAGUACCUGGACCGAGUGAUCAAGGAAACCCUGAGGAAAUAUCCACCGGUGGACACUAUCAUGAGGAAGUCGACCACACCUUAUACCUUCCCGGGGACCAGGGUGAGCAUUCCUACUGGCAUAAAAGUUUGGAUUCCAAUUUAUUCACUUCAAAGGAACCCAAAAUACUUUCCUAAUCCGAACGCCUUCGACCCGGAGCGAUUCACCGAAGAGGCUAUCAACAUCCGACCACAAAUGACUUUUCUAUCGUUUGGAGAUGGUCCCCGAAACUGCAUUGGCGCGAGGUUCGGCACGAUGCAAAGUAAAGUCGGCAUCAUCACGAUCCUGCGAGACUUCACAGUGGACAUCUGUGAAAAGACUGACAAAGAAUACAAGUUAAAUCCUCGAUGUUUUUUGCUGACCCCGCUGAAUGGUGUGUUCGUGAAAAUAUGGAGAGCUUCAAUCGCCUGAAACC